AUGACCCUUACGUUCAGCGAGCAGCCCAAUACCUUCCAUCUGUUCUGUUCUGAUCUUUCUUUCUUUCUUUCUUUCUUUCUUUCUUUCUUUCUUUCUUUCUUUCAUGCCCAGACCUUCCUUCUGUUCUGUUCUGUUCUUUCUUUCUUUCUUUCUUUCUUUCUUUCUUUCUUUCAUGCCCAGACCUUCCUUCUGUUCUGUUCUUUCUUUCUUUCUUUCUUUCUUUCUUUCUUUCUUUCUUUCAUGCCCAGACCUUCCUUCUGUUCUUUCUUUCUUUCUUUCUUUCUUUCUUUCUUUCUUUCUUUCCUUUCUUUUUUCUUUUCUGUUCCUUCCUUCUGUUCUUUCUUUCUUUCUUUCUUUCUUUCUUUCUUUCUUUAUUUAUUUAUUUAUUUAUUUAUUGUCCAGACCUUCCUUCUAUUCUGUUCUGUUCUGCUCUAUUUUUCUUUCUUUCUUUUUCUUUCUUUCUUUCUUUCUUUCUUUCUUUCUUUCUUUCUUUCUUUCAUGCCCAGACCUUCCUUCUGUUCUGUUCUUCUUUCUUUCUUUCUUUCUUUCUUUCUUUCUUUCUUUCUUUCUUUCCCAGACCUUUCUUGUCCAGACCUCUUUUCUUUCUUUCUUUCUUUUCUUUCUUUCUUUCUUUCUUUCUUUCUUUCUCAGACUUAUUUUUUGUUGAUUCAUUCUUUCUUCAAGGCUAAUCUCCUUCCUUUACUUUAUUUUUUAGCAAUCUUUCUACUAAUUAUUUUAAGCAUGAUUCUCUCUAUCUCUUCUUUCUUAGCCUUGUCCCUAAACUUCGUUUCCCCUUUUCCUCCUUUCUUUCUUUUCCCUUGGAAUCUGAACGCUUUCUCACUGUGUUCAUAUCUAUCUAUCUAUGUAUCUAUCUAUCUAUCUAUCUAUGGCUGUCAAUGUCUUCAUUAUCUGUCUAUCUAUCUAUCUAUCUAUCUAUCUAUCUAUCUAUCUAUCUAUCUAUCUAUGGCUGUCAGUGUGGUUAUCUAUCUAUCUAUCUAUCUAUCUAUCUAUCUAUCUCUAUCUAUCUAUCUAUGGUUGUCAGUGUGGUUAUCUAUCUAUCUAUCUAUCUAUAGUUGUCAGUGUGGUUAUCUAUCUAUCUAUCUAUCUAUCUAUCUAUGGCUGUCAGUGUGUUCCUUAUCUAUCUAUCUAUCUAUCUAUCUAUCUAUCUAUCUAUGGCUGUCAGUGUGUUCAUUAUCUAUCUAUCUAUCUAUCUAUCUAUCUAUCUAUCUAUCGUUAUCAGUGUGGUCAUCUAUCUAUCUAUCUAUCUAUCUAUCUAUCUAUCUAUCUAUCUAUCUAUCUCUUAACAUGAAUCGAAGGCCAGAUCUGCUAAAUUUUGCUAAAUAG